UAGAGACCCAUUAUUACAGGGUCUGUAGCCCCAAAAAUGCAAGAGACAACAAAUUAAAUCCAUGUACUCGUUCAAUCCCAGAUCAAAUUUAUUGAGAAGAAAGAUAAGUAUAUGAAUCUGAUUAGAUUGGCCGCACAAAGCACUCAGAUCUUUCUAUUUCACAAUCCCAAUACUUCCCCACCUGGAUCUCCCAUCGGGUACUCCAUCAAAUUUCCCACUGUUUUGUUUUAAUUCAUUACAUUAAUUGGCGGAUCUCUGCCUAUCGUCUACGCUGACCAUUCUCUUUGCCUCUUCGUGACUGACAGUCUUUGCCUCUUCCGCCAUUGCCAACAAGGUGAAGGAACUUAUUGAAGGCACUGUGGUGAAGGUGAAAUUGGCUCAGAAGGAGUUGCUGUGAAGAGGAAAGGAAGAAGAGGGCCGGUAGUUGUGAUUGCAAAGAAGUUCCAAUCUGAUGCGGUAGAAGAAAAGGCUGCAAUCUACUUCCCUUUGAGGAAACUUUUGCCUGCAACAGUACAUGAUUGGAAAAAUGGAUUUGAUGAGGGAAGCUAAAGGCAAUUUGAGCAUGAAAGGUUUUAAAACGAAAUUUAGAUUGGCGAUUGUGAUUAUUAUUGCUUUAUGGAUUGGCCUUGCUGGUCUUUAUGGUUUGUUGAGACCAAUAUCAAAUGGUUGUAUCAUGACCUAUAUGUAUCCGACGUACAUUCCCAUCUCCACUCCGGCAAACAUGUCAUCCACCAAAUAUGGUUUAUACCUGUACCAUGAAGGAUGGAGAAAGAUUGAUUUUAAUGAGCACCUUAAGAAGCUUAAUGGCGUUCCUGUUCUUUUUAUCCCUGGUAAUGGUGGAAGCUACAAACAGGUGAGAUCCAUGGCUGCGGAAUCUGAUAGGGCUUACCAAGGAGGCCCACUUGACCAUAACUUUUACCAAGAAGCUUCCCUAAAUCUUGGAAUGGGAGUAGAUAGUGAUGUUACUGAAACUCCAUUACCCAGUCAAUACAGUUCCAUGCUUGAUUGGUUUGCUGUGGAUCUUGAAGGUGAACAUUCUGCAAUGGAUGGUCGGAUACUUCAAGAACACACAGAAUAUGUAGUAUAUGCCAUUCACAGGAUUUUAGAUCAAUAUAAAGAGUCUCGUGAUGCUCGAUCAAAAGAAGGUUCUGCUGUUUCUGGGAGUUCACCAAAAAGUGUCAUCCUAGUUGGUCAUUCUAUGGGUGGUUUUGUUGCUAGGGCUGCAAUAGUGCACCCUCAUUUGAGGAAGUCUGCAGUUGAAACUGUUUUGACGCUUUCAUCUCCACACCAGUUACCUCCUGUACCGUUGCAGCCAUCCCUUGGUCACUAUUACACACGUGUGAAUCAGGAAUGGAGAAGAGGAUAUGAGAUCCAAACCACACAAAGUGGACGCUAUGUGUCUGAACCUUCACUCUCACAAGUUGCUGUUAUAUCCAUUUCUGGUGGCUAUAAUGAUUACCAGGUGCGAUCAAAGUUGGAGUCCCUUGAUGGCAUUGUCCCAUCUACACAUGGAUUUAUGAUAAGUAGCACAAGUAUGAAGAAUGUGUGGCUGUCAAUGGAGCACCAGGUUAUCUUAUGGUGUAAUCAGCUAGUUGUGCAGGUGUCACACACUCUUCUCAGUUUGAUAGAUGCAAAGACAGGACAACCUUUUCACGAUGUACGAAAAAGACUGGCUAUAUUCACAAAAAUGCUCCACAGUGGAAUUCCGGAGAACUUUGAUUGGUUAAGAGAAUCAUCUGUAUCACAACAGUCUGCGCAUUUGUCUAAUCAAGGAAUACAAGUGCCUGGUGUAUCUGCUUGCCCAGGUAAUAUUUGGAACAAUGAUGGACUUGAAAGAGAUCUUUACAUUCAAACUACUACCAUCACUGUUUUAGCUAUGGAUGGAAGGAGACGAUGGUUGGACAUUCAAAAACUGGGUUCAAAUGGAAGAAAACACUUUGUUUUUGUUACAAAUCUUCUUCCAUGUUCCGGUGUGCGACUGCAUCUCUGGCCAGAGAAGGGAAAUUCAACUUUGGAGUUAUCAACGAAUAAACGUGUUAUUGAAGUCACAUCAAAGAUGGUGCAUAUUCCAUCUGGCCCAGCUCCAAGGCAGGUUGAGCCAGGUAGUCAGACUGAGCAGGCACCUCCAUCUGCUGUACUUUGGUUGGAUCCUAAGAAUAUGCAUGGGUUCAGAUUUCUGACAAUCUCAGUUGCACCUCGCCCGACCAUUUCAGGUAGACCUCCGCCAGCCACUUCUAUGGGAGUUGGACAAUUUUUCGAUCCAAGGGAAGGAGAGAAAGUGUUUUCUUCUCAGUCUCUGAUUCAUUCUAUGUAUUCACAAAAGGAUAUCAAUUUGAAGGAGGAUCAUCCUCUUGCAUUUAACCUCACUUUCUCUAUUAGCUUAGGCCUUCUACCUGUGUUGUUAUCUCUUAGAACAACAGGUUGUGGAAUUAAGACGUCAGAAUUUCCUGUUGAAGAGCAAGGAGACACAGAAACAAGUAGACUUUGUAGGCUCCGCUGUUUCCCACCGUUAGCACUUGCAUGGGAUGCUACAUCUGGUCUCCAUAUAUAUCCAAACUUGCAUUCUGAGACAAUCACGGUUGAUUCAUUUCCAGCACUUUGGACUUCCACUCAAGACACUGAGAGAACAACUGUUUUGUUAUUGGUGGAUCCACAUUGCUCAUACAAAACUAGCCUUGGGGUUUCUAUCACUGCCUCUUCUGGUAGAUUUUUGCUUUUAUAUUUUUCUCAGAUCAGCGGUCUUUCUGUUGCUGUUGUGUUUUUUGCUCUUAUGCGGCAAGCGCGUAGUUGGGAAGUUGAUCUGCCUAUGCCAUCGUUGCUGUCCGCAGUUGAAUCAAAUUUGAUAAUACCAGCGCCAUUUUUAUUCCUCGCCGUUAUGCCCAUAUUUUUCGCUUUACUCUUUUCCUGCCUAUUCUCUCUACAAGUUCCUCCGACGAUAAGCUUCAUUGUCGUCUCAAUACUAUGCUAUGUGUUUGCAAAUGGGGCAGUGAUCAUGAUCAUAUCAAUUUCUCAAUUUGUUUCCCAUAUAGUUGCAUCAGCCCAUGUUUUCAUUAAGAAACGGUGGCAAGCGUGGGAAGGGAGGUUCAGUUUUCCCUUUCUUCAAUGGUUUAUCGAUCUCUCCUCUACUCUAUCAUCUAUUAAGCAGGUGGUAAGGAUUCUGAAAGCCAAUUCACUGCUUAUCACAGCAUUAAUUUCUAUUACACUGGUGUGUUUUGUGCAUCCUGCUCUGGGUCUCUUUGCAUUGCUCCUAUCUCAUGCUGUGUGCUGUCACAACGCUCUCUCUAGUUUUUUUAUGGCUUCAUUUCGCAGUCACAUCCGAAGUAAGGAGCUAUUUGAGUCUGGAAACGGAGAUCUACGUGGUUCUGUUCAAUUUAAUCCCGGGUAUGAUGGUGAGCUCUUUAAUAUGGAUGAGAAAUGCACUAGUAGCCCAGAAUCUCGGGGAAGCUAUGGAGAGACGCAAUUAGAGAUCUUCCACUACUGGCAUGGGUUGCUUGUUUUACAUCUGCUUGCAACACUAAUGUUUGUCCCUUCACUUCUCGCCUGGCUUCAGAGGAUCAGUAUUGGUCAAAAUUUUCCAUGGUUCUGGGAUUCUGUUCUUUGCACUGGUGUCAUCCUGCACGGUAUCGGUGAUUUGAAGCCCGAGUUCAAUUUCUUUCUGUUUCCCGUUCCAGGCAUCCCCUCCCGGAAAGUACGACCGAGCUUUGCAUAUCUUGUUGCUGGAUAUUUUACCUAUCUCACAGCCUUGGCCUUGGCGCCAUACCGAGCAUUUUACCCUAUGGCUGCCAUUGGAGUGGCUUCCUUUGCCUUUAGGAUUAUUCAGAGAAGGAACAGAGAGAAGGGCGAGACCUAUCGUAGCAGCAGAAAGCAUUCACACAGACAUUGACAAUUUUCCUUUUUCUUUUUUCUUUUUAGGAAAAUGUAUCAUUUAAUUGGAUUCGACAUGGUGUUGACCUUGAGAUCAAAAUCCAGAUACGUGCAUAAAUUUUGUAUUGAUUUUUGUUUUCAUUGUUAAAAAGCAUUGAAUGUUCAUUGUCCCAAAAUUUCAGUACUCA